GCGCCACGUGCGCGAUGGGCAUGAUGGGAAUGUUCAAGUGGCUUAGAAAAGAUAUCGCACAAAGAGAUCGCACUGUGUGGAAUUUAACACAAAAGCAAUCUGGUCUGAACAACGAGUCUUAUCGUAAUGCUCUCCAAGCUUUCAUAGAUCGCAGACGGACCUCCGACGACAUAGAGAUUGAAACAUCCAGUAGUCCCGACAAGAAAAGAGCAGACUUUUUGGCGAAAAAUAAUAACAAUAAAUACGACAAUGAACGGAAAUCACAAGAAUCGAAGUCAAUCAUACCUGGUGUACCACAUAUACCAGCUCCAGAAAUUUUUGAAAUUGGAUGGGUAGCUGGUACGGAAGACCGAUAUCUCGAGCUGAUUUUUGCUGAAUGGCAAAAUACCCGAGUUUCACUGAAGAGGCACUCACAUCCGGAAUGCAAAGAUGCUGUGAAAGCGGAUUUAGAUAUACUUUCGGAAAUUCGGCACCCUAAUGUGCUAUUGUUAAUGGCCAGCACGUACACAGAUGAUCAUGGUCUAGUCUCUAUUUUCGAAUCGGUCGAUUGUACCCUUUAUCAUUACAUACACGAUCAGGGUGAACGUAUAUCAAUACAAGGUAUCGCAAAAUGCGGAGGAAGACUGUCCGAUGCCUUAAGACAUUCUCACAUGCGCGGAUAUGUGCACACUGCCAUUAGCUCACAUUGCGUCUUUCUGGCUUCUAGUGGUAUCGUGAAACUAGGCGGAUGGGAACUGGCCAUGCAUAUCAACAAUUCAAAGGCAGACAGAAAAUUCGAGGAACGCUUACGAUCCGAGAUUUUCAACUGGCAAGCUCCAGAACUUUUUCACGGUUACGAACCAGGAAAAGAAAGCGACGUGUACGGAUUGGCUUUGUUAAUUUGGGAAAUGUGUACAAUGCACGUACCAUGGAAUGGAUACAGUAAGGCAGAUGUGGAAAGACAAUAUUUGCAUUGGAAACGUGGAGUUAUUAUGGAUUUGUAUGAUUUUCCGCCGUUGCUGAAUAACUUACUAGAAGCUGGGUUACAGUUAGAUGUUAAUAAAAGGACAUUAGAUAUGAAUAGAAUACGUAGAUUUCUUCAACGACUAGAGAUGCAAUACGAGGACGAAGAACCAAUAUUUAUUGACCAAUACGCAAAUAACAAUAACGAGAUCGGAAAAACUUUCAUCUUACCAACAAUGAAAUCUCCUAUGGGAGGAGAGCCUAAAAGUAAGGGUUCAAAGCUGACCAAAAGUGUUUCGGCCAAACAGCUGUCUUAUUCCGCGAAAGAUUCAGAUUCACCGCCAAGACAGUUUUUACACUCGAAAAAGUCAUUGUCCAAGCAACAUGGGAACUUUAAAGCGACAACACACGCCGAGCAAAUCAAUUUCUUUGCCGACGACGUUAAACGCAACGUUAAAGAUGACAUACAAAAAAACACGAAUAUGCUUUAUAACGUGCAGAACAAUUAUAAAAAAAUUAACUAUCCAACUUGUAACAUAGAGGUCUCGAAUACCGUUCAAAGCGAAGUUAAUCCGGAUGAUAUUGUGCAUCCGUGGAACAGCACUUACAGGAAAGUCAAAAUACCGCAGGAAACAGAGAGAUCUAGAACUGCAUCCGUAUAUUCAUCGCCAUUGUUGGAGUCUACGGAUGAUGAAUCCUUCAAAGACGCAAAAACUACUUUGAAACACUUGAAAAAGGUACUGGCGAACAGGAGGGAACAUUUCUUCUAUGGCAGCGAUUCCUCGCAUACUUCUGCGGAAACAAGUCCAGCGAAGAAUGAAAUAUUCAUUCAAGCAAAAAAUAAAGACUACGAACCACAUAAACCAGCUAGUCACAAAAUUAGCUUGGAACCAAAGUGCAGUAAAUCUCCAAAUCAAUAUGACCCGUCUUAUAUGAAAUCGUCGUUUCAACAAUACCGCAAGAUACCAUAUUUACAUACACCUGAGGGCAUUAAAGAUUCGAUAGUGCAGCCGCAAGUAUUAAAUUCUGAUCCUCAAAGUUUUUUCGAAACUUCUUUGUGGAGAAAGGAAAAAUUGAUUUGCUUGUCUAAAAUGAGGAAAACAUAUGCCGAUGAAUCUAGUUAUUUUCCGCAGCAAACAAAUGAUAACGAUACUAUUUCCACUGAGACUGUGAACAAAAAUGAAAUAGUAGAAUCGGCUUCUACUAAUAGUGACAGUACUUACGUUAUUAACAGAAAAUUGGAAGAACGACUAGCUGCCGAAACAGAGACCAGUCAAGAAAACUUUACGCAAAUACUCGAAAGUGCAAGCGAUUCAAUAGAUACCACUACUCAUAAUAAACCUUUACAAGUUUUAAAAGAUGCUUUGGAUCGCGCUACGAAAAUUGUGCGUUCCAUUACACCAAACACUGAAGAAUCGUGCCCAUCUCCACCAUUUAAAUCCUAUCAAGAUUUUGAAGUAACGGUGGACGACAACCAAAAUAGAAAAUCCAUUUUCGAGAACCUGUACGAUUGUCAAGUCAACAACGAUAGUGAAGAAAUUAAGACUAUCGAACGGUCGACAACGAGUGGCCAAACUUUUUUGUUGGAUAAGAACAAUAUAAACAGUACAAUAACCAGCAACGAAAUGCAAAAAGAAUCUGAAAACAAUAUCACCAUAAACAUUACCAACUUUGACAAAACCAGUCAUUCAUAUGACACAACAUAUAGCAGAAAUUUUAUUUGCGAAUCAAUUGCCGAAGUGUCAAGCGAAUUUAAUACUUCGCACAAUGAUACAAUCUCGGAUAAUAGAGCUGUAUCUUUCAGCACUCAGACAAUCAGUAUUAAAGAGGAUGAUAAUGUUUCAGAAACUGUACAACAUGCUAAAACAGUAGUUAAGCAGAGUGACGGAGCAGAAGCUCAAGUAGAAAUCAAGGAAGACGAAAACAAGUCUGAUAUAACGAACUUUAGUUUAAUGUUUCUGAAUGAUGCCACGAAGAAUAAAAAUUGCAAAACGUGUCAUCAAAGCGCUUUACCAAGGAGGCGUUCUUUACCAGCAGCAUUAAGCCAAUUAAGAGCAGUUAACAACUCGGCUUUAGGGAAAUUACCUAUACGUAGAGGGGGUGUUCCCGAUAGCACCGUCGAAGAUUUAUACAUAGAUGACGAAUUUGGUGACAAUUUAAAUGUUAAUAUGGUUUUGUUAGAUGAAGACUUAUCGGUUGACGAAGAUUUCUUACCAGAGAUGUCAGAACUUUAG